CACGUGAUACACCAAUAUAGCUCGCCAUUUUGGUUUUCUAUUAUGGCUCAUUUGGACAGAAUAUGAGUCACUUAGAAAGAGUAUAUCUAUUUUAUUUCAUUGGUUUUAGUCAGUUUUUACUCCACAGAUGUUAGUAGAAUGUGUAAUAAGUCUGUCCAACCGAUAAGGGAGCUUUCUAGACGAGGAAAGGUGUUGUUGCCGGAGCCAGGAAUUGUGUAAGGCAGGCAGUGUUGUCCAGCUACCCACCCUGUCAAAUGAGCAGUGCUAGUGUAGACUCAGUCUGCUGUUUAGGAUCACUGUGAUCACGAUACAGUUUCCGUGUACUGGUUGUGUAGUUCAAGAAAUGAACAUGGGCCAGAAAGUAUCGGGUGGUAUUAAAACUAUUUCUAAUUCACGAGAACCAACAUACAAGGCUAUCAACAGAGAGCCAGCGUACAAUCCAGAUUUCCAAAAACCUAGUCGUCUUGACGCGCUUCUGGACAUGCCUCCAGCGCCAAGGGACGUGCAACUGUCUCAUGCCUGGAAUCCAGAUGACCGAUCUCUAAAUAUAUUCGUAAAGGAUGAUGAUGCCAUGACGUUUCAUCGGCAUCCUGUUGCUCAAAGUACAGAUUGUAUUCGUGGCCGAGUGGGCUACACAAGGGGACUCCAUGUUUGGGAAAUUGUGUGGAGUACACGACAAAGAGGGACCCAUGCAGUGGUGGGCGUGUCUACGACCGAUGGGCCAUUACACUGUGUGGGAUACCAGAGCCUAGUCGGCAGUAGUAAAGAAUCCUGGGGCUGGGAUCUCGGCAGGAAUAAACUCUACCACGAUAUGAAGAACAAUCCUGGACUAACAUAUCCCACGCUGUUGAACCCAGAUGAGAAUUUUGUGGUGCCGGACAGUUUCCUAGUUGUGUUAGAUAUGGAUGAAGGAACUCUUAGUUUUGUUGUAGACGGACAAUACCUGGGUGUGGCUUUCAGGGGACUGAAGGGGAAGAAGCUGUACCCCAUAGUCAGUGCUGUGUGGGGCCAUUGUGAAAUCACAAUGAGGUACAUCGGUGGCCUUGAUCCUGAGCCGUUGCCUCUUAUGGACAUAUGUCGACGCACCGUUCGACAACAGUUGGGCAAGAACAGAUUACAUGAAAUACACCGACUUCCUCUACCCAAUUCCCUUAAGAGUUACUUGCUGUACCAAUCAUAGCGUGGACCGACGUCGGACGCAUACACAAGAAUAGUUGUGAUCCAGGAACCCCAUACUGUUUGUCUGCCUUGAAGCAGACCAGUUCAUUCUUCUUGUGAAGGGGGUGUUGGAGAUGGCUUGUUCCACUCUUCCAUUGGGGAGGCUCUGGAAUGCAAUUUACACAACACUCCAUAUCACCAACUUUGACACGCUGGACAAUUGAGCCAAAUUAGGAACAUUAUAUAUUUUUUAAACAAUGAUGCCGCAUGUUCUAUGAAAUGUGUGAUUUUUUUUAAUGAGUCGUGUGAAUGCAGCACUGAUAAUAUGUGAUUUUUGAGAUUUUAUGUGGGUAUGAACUUUGUUUUACAAUGAUUCCCAAUGCUGGUAAUUGCUCUAGGACAGACAGUUGCAUUGAAAUAUGUCAGUGACAAUUCUAAAAGUUGUUUUGUCUCAUGCUUUUAGGUAGCAACUGAUUUCAGUGGCCAUACCUCGUAUAACGCUUUUUUUAAAAAAGUCUUGGCUGCCCAAUACUUCAUUGAAUUAUCUUAAAAUCGAAAGCAUUUUCUGCUUUUUCUUUUAUGGUAACUUGUUGAAGUUUUACAAUUUUAUUGUAACAAUGGUAUUUAUAAGCCCACUUUUUGAGAUUGAAAUGUUUAAGCAGUGUGUAGCUGAGCUCACAACACACUGUCCUUGUUAUCAACACCUUUACCAUUAGGAAAUCAGUGCAUAUUUGACAAUGUUUGCUACUACAACUAUUGCACAGAUUUUACCAAAUUUCCUCAAGUUCCAAUUACCACAUGUUUAUUCCCGUUUGUCAGCAAGAGGGCGAGAGUGGUGCUCAAGAUAGAAUUUCCUGAAGAAACCAAUUUACACAAUGGUUAUGUGACAGUAAGGUUCAUGACAAGUUUUCUACACAUAUCAGUAUGCAAACUCCAAAGAAUGUCGAGAUAUCCAUAGAACAUGAAUUUUAUAGUUACCAUGGUAACUGAACAUCUGCUAUGGUCAUGUGAGAUUGUAGUAGUAGUUACGGCAUCUUCCUAAUAUUCACCAAGAACGCCUCCUUGUCAAGUUUGGUAAGUUCCAAAGGAUUGCUGCUAAAGCUGAAGAAAUGUCCAUAUGUUCUUUGUAAAAAUAUCCAAUUUAAUCUGUAAAUAUUUUGGUGCUACUGGCAUAAUUCUGUUAGUUUUAUGUACAUUGAAUUGCAGUGUUUCUGUAAGAGUAUCAGUACUGCUAUUUACUAUGUGCUGUGCUGCUAUUUAAAAUAUCAACCUGACCAUCUGUUCUCAUGGAAGGGCAUCUUGAUAUGUUUCACUGACAUUCAGCAUAAAAUUACAGGAAAUACUAUAAUAAGAUACAAAUUAAUCAAAUAAAUUAAAAUAAAAUAUAAAUGACAGGCAACUGGAAACAACAGCUAAUUCUUUGUUGCCAGUCUCAGGAACUGUUAGGUGCAAGCAGUUGUGUAAAACCCUUUUCCGUUGACUUGUUAGAAAA